GGCUGACAAGCAAUCCGUUCGUGGUUGGAGAUGUUGUCUCUGGCUUGAGAUAUCCAUGCGCAAGCUGACUAUGUUUUUUUUUAUCCGUACUAAUUACUGCUAGACACUUCUAGUCAUUUCUAAUUGUGUGGCCAAAAUUUUCGAAUCAACAAAAUGUCAAAUCUGGAGCAAAAAUACGCGCUUCUUGAAGACGAUACAGGGAGCGAACAUGAAUCUCAGGACUUUGAUCAUCCAUCACCAAAAACAACACGGAAAUCAAGCAAUACAAUACUUCUCGCUGGAUGGACGCUUUUUUGGGUUUUGAAUUGUGCGAUUCUGGGCAUUCAGUGUUUCAGGCUCAUGAAUAAACUAGAGAAACUCGAACGGACUGAAUUUGCUGGUCUCAAGCGUAAUGUACCUGUCCCUUGGUCAGUCUACGGCCCUUACGAUAACCGAAGUGACCCUGAAGCUACCGACAAAGAAUGGGAAAAAAUUAGCAACAUACGUCUGGGUGUAAUUGCCCUGCCUGAUUCUUAUGUUGAAGAAAAGGGUCUUCAUAAAGCUCAAAGAUUUCCAUGGGAUGAAUCAAAAGGCGUCUACCUCAUAAAUGCAUAUCAUAACCUCCAUUGCCUGUUGAAACUUAGGACUUCUUUGCUGGAGUUCCACCGCGGAGAAGAACAAAGCGGCAGCUUUGCGCACGUAACUCACUGCCUUGAUGCUCUCAGACAAGACAUCAAAUGCAAUGCGGACGAUACACCUCGAUGGUCUGGCUAUGGACAUCGUAUCACCGGGGUUGAUCAGGUCCGUAUGUGUCGUAAUUGGGAUCUUCUAGACGAAUGGUCUAAGACCUUUCCCUCAUGUUGGAAUAAGAUUCCAUCUAUUGAGGAUAUAAAUGAGCGCUUCUCUUAUUGCCCUGUAGACUCUCCCUAUGCGGAUCGGAUAAUUGAAACUCUUGGUAGUAAAAAUCACUUAGGCGAAUAAGCGAAGGAGUGCGGUUGAUACUUGGCUUUAGACGAUUAUGAAUUACGGAUUA